GAACGCUUCAUUUAGAUCGGAAUAAUUUUACCGAGUUAACAGAUGAGCUGCGCCCUCUUGCGGCACUUGAGGAACUUCAUAUGGAAAAUAAUUCACUGCGACUAAUUGGGAAUGAAACGUUCGUCAACAACACGAACCUCACUCACGUUUACCUUCAUGAUAAUGAAUUAGAGUUCCUACCAGAGGGAAUCUUUGAUCCAAUAAACAAAUUGGAGGUUAUUAGUCUUUAUAGAAACCCAUUCCAAUGUGCAUGUGGUAAUCGAUGGUUGAAAAUCUGGCUAAAAGAAAACAUUCAUAUUGUCCACAACCCAAACACUGUCAUGUGUUUCACAUCUUUAGGGCCAAGUCCAAUGUUGUCAUCAGAUGAUAAUGUGUUCUCUUGUGAAGAUGACAAAAUUAUUAAUGUUGGUAAAAACUUCACAUCAAUCAUCGUAGUAUCUUGUGUCAGUGCAAUUUUCCUGGCAAUAUCUGUAGUGAUCUUUAAAUUCCGUCACGCCAUCAGAGUAAUUCUUUACGCCAGGUUAGGUGUGGCGGUCUUACAUAAUGAAGACGAUCAAGACAAUGUAAAAACAUACGAUGCAUAUAUCUGCUACAGUAGUAAAGACCUUCCAAUUGUUAUGACUUCGCUGAUACCCCGUCUUGAAGGUAUGAAUCCUCCGUUCAAGCUCUGCAUCCAUGACCGAGAUUUUCCAAUCGGAGCUUGUAUUGCUACCACCAUCAUCGAAUCUGUUAAAGCCAGCAGACGAUCAAUCAUUCUCCUGUCUCGAAACUUUCUAGCCAGCGAAUGGUGUAUUAUGGAGUUUAAGGCGGCGCAUCGAUAUGCUUUGAAACAUCAAAAGAAUCACAUGAUUGUAGUUCUUCUAGAACCAAUUCCAGAUGAAGAGAUUCUUAACGAAGAUAUUAAGUUCUACUUAUCUACCAACACAUACGUAGAAUGGACUGAUCCGUGGUUUUGGGAUAAACUAUACUUUGCACUUCCUAAAAAGAAUGUUAAUAGUGAAGUUGAUCCCCUCCAGGAGGAUAAUGAGGGUUACCAGCUAGCGCUUGACGAAAUAUAGAAAUUGUAUUAAUCAAUGUACUUGGGAAAAACUCCGAAAGUUUUUGAAUUGUUCAAAAAAUUAAGAUCAGAUUCAGCUUUUCUGUAUUUAAAAAAACAACUAUGCAAUUGAGGCUUUUUUCAAAUCUCAUUCUUUCAUUCUUCACACUCAUUUUGCACACGCAUAGUUGAACAGCACUAAUGCUUAUUGCACAACAAGUAAC